AUGACUAAAAAGACUUAUGUGGAAUCCAUACUUGAAGGUAUAAAACAGUCCAAAGAAGAAAAUUUAGACAUUGAUGUUAGGUAUUUGAUGGCAAUUGAUAGAAGAGGUGGCCCUUCAGCAGCCAAGGAGACUGUUAAACUUGCUGAAGAGUUCUUCCUUUCUACUAAGGAUACAGUACUUGGCCUUGACCUCAGUGGAGACCCUACUAUGGGACAAGCGAAAGAUUUCUUGGAACCUUUGGAAGCUAAAAAGUCAGGUCUGAAGUUGGCAUUGCAUCUUUCAGAGAUUCCAAAUCAGAAAAAAGAGACACAGAUGCUCCUGGAUCUGCUUCCUGACAGAAUUGGGCAUGGAACAUUUCAUUCUUCUGAGGGAGAAUCCCUGGAUCUGGUGGAUUUUGUGAGGCAUCACCGGAUACCACUGGAACUCUGUUUGACCUCAAACAUCAAAAGUCAGACAGUUCCAUCUUAUGACCAGCAUCACUUUGGAUUCUGGUACAGCAUUGCCCAUCCUUCUGUGAUCUGUACUGAUGAUAAGGGUGUUUUUGCGACCUACCUUUCUCAAGAGUAUCAGCUGGCAGCCGAGACAUUUAAUUUGACUCAGUCUCAGGUGUGGGAUUUGUCUUACGAAUCCAUUGACUACAUCUUUGCUUCUGACAGCACCAGAGCUGAACUGAGGAAGAAGUGGAAUCACCUGAAGCCCAACGUGUUGCACUUUUAAGCUUUGGUAAAGUGAAAUUCUUGAGUAUAUGUUGCAGCAGAUCUGAGUAAACUGUCUACACUUCCUUGUACAGCAGCCAAGUAUGUGGGCUCUGUCACCAGCACUUUACACAUGGCAGGUGCUCCGUAAAUACAGCAUAUACUCAAUAGUAGGCUCUGAGCUCUUUUGUGACUUACCUCCAUCUGCUUACUGGAAAGAACUAGAGUGUUGUUGCUAACUGAAUUCCCCAUUCUACCAGUGGUUUUAUUUUUCAUUUUUUGUUUUUAUUUGGUCUUUUUUUUUUUUAACUUAGGCGUGAUCAUAAAACUUUCUUAUCAGGAAAAGUGUUGGAAAUACUGGUCUAAGGUAAAGAAAAAGGGAAAAACAGAUUGUUGUCAAGACCUUUGAGCCUUCUAGCUUUUGUUGUUUAAUCUGACUCCCUUCACUUGCUUUAACUUUGACUAUUAUUUCCCAAUACCAUUGAUGACAGGUCACAUUGCACACUGUGGAUUUGUGUGAAUGCUCAGUAGUCAGGGUUAAUUUACUUUGGAUGACCCUAAUGACUGAUUAAAGCUAUCUGCUGGAAUCUGUC